AGUCUGUUGCACUGUCCGCCAUUUCAUCGGUGAAAUCGGUCGGUGAGGUUUUGGGAGAGAAUUUGUAGGCGAGAGAGGGCGGUGAACAACGCCAUUGAGUCUAACAAUGCUUUCCGCCGCCCAGUUGCUCGAUGAGUUAAUGGGCCGGGACCGGAACCUGGCCCCGGACGAGAAGCGCAGCAAUGUUCGCUGGGAUCAUGAAAGUGUGUGUAAAUAUUACCUGUGUGGCUUUUGUCCUGCAGAACUGUUUACAAACACAAGAUCAGAUUUAGGUCCAUGCGAAAAAAUACAUGAUGAAAAUUUACGUAAACAGUAUGAAAAGAGUUCUCGCUUCAUGAAAGAAGGUUAUGAGAGGGAAUUCCUUCGCUACUUACAAACUCUUUUAGCCGAAGUAGAGCGGAGAAUUCGUAGAGGUCAUGCACGAUUGGCCCUGUCUCAAUCCCAGCAAAAUUCUGGUGGUUCUGGACCCUCGGGCAAGAAUGAAGAAAAAAUACAAGUUUUGACAGAAAAAAUUGAAGAACUUUUACUUCAGAUUGAAGAGCUUGGCUCAGAGGGCAAGGUAGAAGAAGCACAAGGAAUGAUGAAACUUGUGGAACAGUUAAAAGAUGAAAGAGAACAGCUGCGAUCAACAACAUCUACAAUAGAAAGCUUUGCUGCUCAAGAAAAGCAGAUGGAAGUAUGUGAAGUCUGUGGUGCUUUUCUUAUUGUUGGGGAUGCCCAGUCAAGAGUGGAUGAUCAUUUAAUGGGAAAGCAACACAUGGGUUAUGCCAAAAUUAAAUCAACUGUUGAAGAGUUAAAGGAGAAGAUAAGACGACGGUCCCAUGAACCAGAACGUGAAGACAGGGGAAGAAAAGAAAGGGAAGAUCGUGAAAAAGAACGGGAGGAGAGGGAGAAGAGGCGAAGAAAGGAGGAGGAAGAUCGAGAAAGGGAAAGGGAGAAGGAACGUGAGAAAGAGAGAGAGCGGGAACGAGACCGCGAGAGAGAAAAAGAGCGAGAUCGUGACAGAGAUCGGCGUCGGCGCAGUCAUUCACGCAGCCGCCAUUCAAGCAGGACUUCUGAAAGGCGUCGCAGCCGGUCACGAGACCGCAGAAGGUCUAGGAGUAAGGAUCGUGAGAGGAAACGCAGCAGGAGCAGGGAUAGAGAUCGUCGGCGGAGUCGUGACCGCUCUGAGAGGAAGCAGAGGUCCCGAAGCAGAGAUAAACGACGAUCCAGAAGCCCAGAAAGGAAAUCUCAUAAACACAGGAGUAGGAGCAGAGAGAAGGAGAGGGAAGGAAAAUCAAAAGACAAAGAAAAAAGGGAUUCUGAUGAAAAGCGCAGCAGCAAGAAGAGCAGUACAGAUGAAAAAUCAAGUGAUGCAUCCAAGGUGGAACAAAUGGAGGUGGAUGCUCCAGAGAGUGAGGUCAAUGGCACAAACGAAGACCUAAAAUCUGAAGGUGACACUCAGUCCAAUUAAAACUGAUCUGAUAUGACCUCAGAUCAGGCCGAGGUAAGUGGAUUUUUUGAUUGUUGGUUAGGUUUUUUUGUUUAAUAGUGCAGCGUAAGUAUUACGUGGAAGAAGAUGGAGCUGCGAAGAAAUAGAGAAAAAAACAUACCCAGAAUGGAAGGACAGUGUAGUCCUGCAAAACAUGCGGAGGUACCUUAUUUUAUACACAUUCCUACUGGAAUUCCCCAGAGCGUUCUGUGCCUCUAUAGUAUAGCUCCAGUUCUAUUUAGAUAUAAUUCCUUGUUAAAUGUAUAUCCUUUUUUUUUUUUUUUCUUUUUCUUUUUCACAAACUCUAUAGGGUCUCAUUAAUAACUUUUUUUUUUUUUUAACCUAUAUAUUUUUGACUUUAGCCCUUUUAACAUUUUAAGUCCCAUUCUUAAUUGACCUCUGAGGCACAUGUAAAGGACCUUUGUUAUAACUGACACUCUUUGCAGUAUAUAUCUAUUAUUUUUGCCUGAUUGCCUUGCAUUCUAAUGCAGUUUGUUCUGUAACUCGAGAGCCAGUAGCAUUGGAUUGCUGGAAGUGUAGGGUUUAUGAAUUAUUGCAGCUGACUUCCAUACCUCACACAGCGUUGGUGUUGUGAGCGACCCAUGAAAAGCCAAUUUAAAAAUCAAGGAUUCAGUCAAUCUGUGCAGGUACUCACGCCAGGUACUCCUUUCUCUACCCAACUCCAUGUUUGAAUGCUGUUGCCUGUAAACCUUAAGCUUGCUGUUGUGUUUUUUGUUUCCUUUUGUUUUUUUAUUUGUUUAGACAUUUCUGAAAGGCUUUUUAUUUAUUUUUACUUUCUGUGUUUUACUUGUUAACUCAUCACCACAAAACUCUCUCUGACUGUAACUGUAGGGGUGCAGUGAUGCCAAGAAUUAUUUGGCAUUAAAGAGUAAUUUCCUAAAUAAACGGGCUGCUUUAUAGCAUUUACUGAGGUAUGUCUUUAACUUCUCCUGCACUGUAGGAAACUACCUUCUAGAAAUCUUGGGUUAAAAGAGCCGCGGCUUUACCUGUUCUGCUUUAUAAAGAUGUCAUUACUAGUGUGGGCAGAGGAGAAAUGGUGAAUGCAGGUAGUGAACGUGGAGCUUCACCUGCGGCUGGCUCACUGCUACCUUAAUGAAGGAGCUGCACGUUUACUCUGUGGCCGCUCUUGUCAAGCCGACGUAAUCUUCAAAUGUCCUCUGACCUUUUGUGUAGCUGAGGAAAGCAGAGACUGUGUUUGUUCCAUUUGGCCUGAAUGCUUCACUCCCACCUCGUGUUUAGUUGUCCUAACUCACUGUCUCUUUAACGUUUUUCCUUUUGUAGGCCGAUCUGAAGUUUGAAAGAAGACCUGAAAACUGUCUGAGCUGACGUGCUGCCGCUGCUGUUGCUUCUGCUUAAAACAAGGUGAACAAGAGCUGUAGUGGCCUAGAAAGAAAGAGAAAGAGAGAGAAAGAAAGAAAGAAAGAGAGGGAGAGCUCAAGUGUAAUAUAAAUCAGUUGCCAUUAUUAAGCUCGUUUCAGGACUGUUGAUGUAAACACGGAUUCGAUCGCACACCCACCAAGAAGUAAAUUUGAUAUUGUACUCAUUUUUUUUUUUUAUUUUAUUUUAAUUUUAUUUUGUUUACAUGUAUUUAGCAAUGAACAAGCAGCACCUGUAAAUGUAACUUGUUCGGUUUGUCGUUUUCGGAUUCUACUUUCCCGUCAUUCAAGGUCUCACCCGCUCUGUCUAGAAAGUUGUGUUCAGUGUUCUGAAUGGAAACAUUUCGAAUCCCUCCCGCCCCACAGGCGUAAAGCAAACGGCCUUUUUGAUCACUUCUACUUUUCAAAGAAGUGCAAUCAAUAUUUUUCAUUUCGUUCAGACUGAAAACAAAAAAACUGUAUAUUUUUGUGUUAUGAAUAAUAAAUUUUUUUGAUCAGUGUCUUAAAGCA